GGGGAACAAUAGCUGUUUCUGGCUUGGAAAGCGUCUAAAUUUAUUUUUGCUUGCAGUUUUUCAUCGUCUUAAAUAUGACUUACGUAUAAUAUUUGCACAGCCGGCACGAGUACGGCUGUGCCAGCAAUCAGCUUAAUUUCUCAUCAAGUAAGAACAAACACCAUCACGGCACGCGACGCUUGGCUAUGUAAACAAACUUCCAAAAACAUAUGGUUGUACAUACAAACAUAUGUAUGUAUGUGCAUAUUAAUGUAUAAACAAAAGUCUUCAGAAUUUAUUGUUGUUGUGGUGCUAUUGCUUAUCGCAUUCGAAAACUAGUUUUCGCGGUUAUUGAACCUAUGACACUUGACUUAACCGGCUAAACGCUCGGGGCGUGAUUAUUUUUUGGCAACUAAAUUAACAUCGGCAUUUGGACGAGUCAGCAAAUUCUCUUCGAAGUUCAAACUUGAACCAAAAACAGUACAGAACACACAGCCAGAAGCUGCCACAUGUACGUUUACAAGAUGGGAAACCGUGGACCGGAGCUGAUAAUAUGCUCCUUUAUAGUUGUCAGCCUGCUAGUGAUACAUUUCUUUUCGGACCUGUUGCGCAUUUCACUCGGAGGCAGCUAUUCGCUGGAUGUAACGCUGUCACAGCUGGUGGAGGCACAGUCCAAGGAUUAUGCAUGGCUGCUCAAGUUGCUGGUCAAUUGCUUUGGCUACAGUUGUGUUUUCGUGCCCGGCUAUCUUAUCUACAAGUAUGUGCAACGCACCAAUUAUCUCGAACGUGGCAACAAAACAUUUCUGCACACGGCCGUCAACAUGUGCAUCACUGGGAAUUCAAGCUAUGAAGCUGUGGAUGUUAUUCACGUUAGUGGGAGCAGCAGCGGGACAACGGAACGGGAUCGUCCAAGUAAACGCACCAGUUCCCAGGAGGCAGUGCAGCUGUUCUGGUGCUUUGGCGGUCUCAUGGUUUCCUAUCUCACUUGGGGAGUGCUGCAGGAAAAGGUCAUGACCCAGCAUUACUACAAUUUCGCUGGAGAAAGUGCCAAGUUUAAGGACUCGCAAUUCCUGGUCUUUGCCAAUCGCCUGCUGGCCUUCUUUGUGGCGCUCGUCUAUCUACAGUGGCAACCCGCUACAUCUCGUCAUCGUGCGCCUCUCUACAAGUAUUCCUUUGCCUCCUUCUCGAAUAUCAUGAGCGCUUGGUUCCAAUAUGAGGCUCUCAAAUUUGUCAACUUCCCAACCCAGGUGCUGGCCAAGUCCUGCAAGAUUAUACCAGUCAUGUUGAUGGGCAAGAUUAUGUCGAAAGCCAAAUACGAGUCCUAUGAAUAUCUCACAGCACUGCUCAUCUCCCUGGGCAUGAUAUUCUUUAUGAGUGGCUCCUCCGAGAACAGCAAAGCGAGUGGUGUAACAACCUUGACGGGUAUUUUUCUGCUUUCCAUGUACAUGGUCUUCGACAGUUUUACAGCCAAUUGGCAGGGUUCGCUUUUCAAGAGCUAUGGCAUGACCUCGCUUCAAAUGAUGUGUGGCGUCAAUCUAUUCUCGUCCAUCUUCACUGGCGCAUCACUGUCCAUGCAGGGCGGUUUUAUGGACUCGGUGGCAUUUGCCACAGAGCAUCCAAAGUUCGUCUUCGACAUGGUUAUUCUAUCCAUAUGCUCGGCGGUUGGGCAAUUGUUUAUUUACCACACAAUUGAUGUGUUCGGACCAGUUGUGUUUACCAUCAUCAUGACGCUGCGACAGGCCGCUGCCAUAAUGCUUUCCUGUUUCAUCUAUCAACACAGCAUUUCGGUGCUGGGCAUCUUUGGUGUGCUCAUCGUUUUUGUGGCCAUCUUUUUGCGCGUGUAUUGCAAUCAGCGCUUGAGGGCGAAACGCAAGCGUGCCGAGGCCAACAAGCCCAAGACUGCUGUAUAGUUGUAAGUUGGAAUAUAUGUGAUGAUCAUGCUCAAAACUAUGACGCACAGUUCCAAUUUCGAAUAAAAUACACAGCUAGGCAGCUGCUAUGUUAGUCUGAUAAUUGCGAUUUUAGCAUCAAAACCAACUAUUUUUAAUUGUACACAUUUGUUUUGUAGUUCUAAGUUUAAAAGUAGUUUUAACGAAAGUCCUGAGGCUUGAAAAAUGUUUGUAUGUGUGCUUAAAGAAUAAUAUAUUUAAAUUAUAACAAAAUAUUUAUUAAAAUACAUAUCAGCAGCAAAUAUUCUUGCAACUUGAUAUGAAUGUAAU